UGUACACGGAGGCAGAAGAGGAAAACUCAGAGGGAAGUAUCCUGGCUCACAGACUCUUGUAAGUUCCCAAAGCCUUUCUCCUCUGGCCUGGCUGGAACCAUUGCUCCAACGGGAAACCUCUGGACCCAGAGAGAACGUCCACCUGCCUUGGGAGGCCAAGUGCAGCUCAGCCACAGCUGUUCUGAGCCCCCUCAUGAAUCCCCAGAAGAAGGUGGACUUGAAACUCAUCAUCGUUGGAGCACUUGGUGUGGGAAAGACCUCCCUCCUCCACCAAUAUGUGCACAAGACGUUUUACGAGGAAUAUCAGACCACGCUGGGGGCCAGCAUCCUCUCUAAGGUCAUCAUCCUGGACGACACCACUUUGAAGCUGCAGAUCUGGGACACAGGCGGUCAGGAGCGGUUCCGUUCCAUGGUGUCCACCUUCUACAAGGGCUCUGAUGGCUGCAUCCUGGCUUUUGAUGUCACUGAUCUGGAAUCCUUCGAAGCCCUGGAUGUCUGGCGGGGCGAUGUUCUAGCCAAGAUCAUCCCCAUGGAGCAGUCCUACCCCAUGGUGGUGCUGGGCAACAAAAUCGAUCUGGAAGACAGGAAGGUGCCCCCGGAGAUGGCCCAAGGCUGGUGUGAAGAGAAGGACAUGCCCUACUUUGAAGUCAGUGCCAAGAACGACAUCAACGUAGUGCAGGCCUUUGAGGUGCUGGCCAGGCAGGCUCUGUCGAGGUACCGAGGCAUCUUGGAGAAUCACCUUGCAGACUCCAUCAAACUCACGCCCAGCCAGGGGAAGAGCCGCUGCUGCUGACGGCGACUCCCACUCCGCACUCCAGAGACAGAGCCACCCUGGGCCCCACAGUCUCGGCUGAGCUUCCUUCAGCCACACCGCUGGCCCUCACCCAGCCCACGAGGCCAAGGCCCUGUGGCCAGAGCCCUCGAGCAUCGCUGGGCCCAGAGCCAGAGUGGCGGCCUUGCCUGGGGCUGACUCCAGAGAAGUCAGGGCUGGGUCUCCGGGGACCCAGAGAAAGCCCAGAGUCCUCCCUGCCUCAAAACAAGAAAAGCAGGGGAGCCCUCCCUGGGGGCUCCAGCCCCCUGCCAGCCGCCUCCCCCAAGCACAGUCCUGCUGCAGAACGCACAGUCCUGCUGCAGAACGCACAGUCCUGCUGCAGAACGCACACUCCUGCAGACAGCCCAGCAGCCUCUGGAGUCCUAUGGACUGGCUCCUCCCCUCACACCACACAGCUUUGAGCAGGGGGCAGCGCAGCCUUCCUCAGCAACCAGGCUGAGGAGCAGAGCCUGGCAGAAGCUGGUGCGGGACUGAGGGGGCACAAGACAAGCUGUCAGGGACUUGCUCAUUGCUCCCUGCUCGGUGCUCAGGCAGCUCAUAUACAUCUCUCAAGCCUCAGUUUGCUCAUCUGUCAAAUGGGGGUGUGGUUUGAGGACCAGAAGCUGUACUUAAAUUUCAUUGCUGCUAUUGCUAUGCAUUUAUUUACUCCUUCAGUGGAUAUUUUUGAGUACCAACUAUGUUCAUUGCACUGAGGUCCAGUGAUAAAACAGACCAGAGCUCUAUCUAUCUCCAAGAGCCUACAACUGCUGAGGUAGAAGCAACAGACAUAGAACCUAAACAGGUGUUUUCGAAGGGCCAGUAGACGCCAUGAGCAACAGGACCGAGGCAAGGGCUGGGAUGAAGUGGUCCUGGAGGGCUUCCCUGAAGAGGUGGCGUUUGACCCGGGCGCUGCAGGAAGAGCAUUUCAGGGGAAGGAAUAGCAUGGCAGAGGCCGGGAGGCAAGGACCAGCUUGCUAUGCUCUGAGAACAGUGAAGGGACGUUCGUUCUCCCCAGGACUCAAAGCUGCCCUCCCCGCGACCCGCAGGGGCCCCGCCAUCCUGUGGCGCCGCGCUGUUCUGCGGUCCGCCGCCAGAGGACAGCAGCGCCCCGUCGCUUCCAGGCUCCGCCCGCGCCUGAAGCUGGUGCUGUCUGGCUGGUGCUGAAAGCGCGUCCCAGCUCCGGGCCUGUUCCGCCCAGAUUCGGGAGCCAAGAGAAUACGAGUUCCUUCAGCUUAGUAAGAAAUGAGCAAAAACUGCGACAUGGGUGAUUUGGGCAAGAAUAAGAAUCGGAGACAGAUCCUGGAAUGAGACGCCCGGAGAGCCACGGAUCCUCCCUCCCUGCGGACUCUGACCCAUCGCCUGCUUUUUCUUCCGGCUUCAGAGAGCGCAGACAGGGCCCAGGCGAAGGGGAUGAGCGGGCAGAGCUGGGGGCGCCAGCUUUGCCCGCAAGUGUCGCCCGACUUCUGGCCUAGAAGCUGGGGAGUCCGGAGGGAUCAGCAAGGGGCCUGGGGAGCCCCAGCCCCCAGCUCUGGAGUUGGGCCUGACUCAACCCGGGCACAGUGCGGGGCUGGCGCGGGGCAGGGUGGGCCGCCGCACACCCCUCUGUGUCCCCCGCCCCCAGAAAGAGCCCAGUGCCCUCGCGGGAGCAGCACUCUGCACUGUGCUGGCCUCCUGAGCGUGCACAGCUGCGUGGACACACGGAGCAUCUCCCAGUGGCACCACUGAUAAAUACGUACUGUGUUUUUA